AUGUCCGACAAUCUUGAGGACGUCUUCGAGGAGGCGAUCGAGGGCAUCGCCGCUCUCAAGUCCUUCCCUAAUGAGCUUCAGCAAUACAUUGAAAACGCACCAAACUAUCCCCCAGAUGAUUACGAUGCCGACUUCAACAUCGAUAUAUUUGCUAUAUUCGACCUUUUGUACAAGCUUUCGAUACCGUCGGGCAGUGACGGAAUCGCUGGCGUUGAUAGUCAAUAUGAUACAGAGAAUCUGAAGAAAUACGUUAGCCAGGGAAACUCAGAAGUUCGCUAUCUCGAAUCCCUGACCAGCCUGAUGGGAUUUUGCUUGUGCGAACACAUUAAUUUCGAGCUCAAGUCUCAGGGAAAACGCACCAUAGAUGACCUCUGGCAUGUUGAUGGCUUUCAAGACUACUGCUUGGACAUGAUCCAAGGCGACUGGUUUACAUCGGCCCACAUAUUGACGGACAUUGACAGACAUGACCAUCUGUUUAGUAUUUCGUGGCUGCUCAUCGCUGACUACAUGCAAGACAGAGACCAUGCUUUCCGCAACUUUCCAACCUCGGGCGGCGACUUUCAAAGCAGGGCAAGCUACCAAACCCUAACCAAAUGGUCCUAUAAUCUGUGGGCGAGUGAGGGUAAAGGAAAUCCCGCCAGAAUGGAUCAGAUCGUGGAAUUCUGCGGCAGGAUUGCUACAGUUGGACUUUGUCCCCCGGAUCCUACAACGGGGAUUCAGCGCCCUACGCCUGUCUCCAGAGUACUGAAGUCGUUCUAUGGCAUGGGGAUGGAGGUCUUUGAUGAUGGUGACUACCAAAGGGACCUACAAGACAGCUUGGACAGACUCGAUGACAAAGAGGACAUUAUAAAUGAGUGGCAGACGUAUUGCCAGACUUUUACCAAGACUUGGAUCGAGGAAAUUCGGCCCUACUGGAAAAAAGGAAUUUACAACGCGUUUCGAGAUAAGCAAUGGGAUGCUAUUAGAUGGUGGGAGUAUAUCAGUUAUGAUGACCAAAAUACAUUUGGCUGGGGGAUCGAUUACCUUCCAGUAGAGAGCCAGCCAUGGAUUGGUGCUAAAGUCCAAUAUCCUGAAUGUACCAUCCUUGCUGGAACCCCGAUUACGCUUUCUGAUGGCACGAAGCGACCGGUAGAAGCGAUUUAUCCGGGUGAUCGUCUGCUGACCCAUGCAAGCCCCAAGACGGCUACCACGGGCAUGCAGUACCUUAUUAAUCAGCAGGUGAAGGGAAGACUGAUCGGAUUCAAUGGAGAAAGCCCCUCUAUUCUAAGCUCGCAGGUCUUUCAUACUACAACUGGAUUGCGGGCUGUGGACCCAGAGGCUGCGCAGCGUUUGAACCCUUAUCAACGGAUUGGCCUCCUGGCCACCGGGCAUGUUGUCUUUCGCCUGGAGCAAGACAAAUAUACUAUGGUCGAGAUCAAGUCGAUUCGAGAAACAGAAGAGUCAACCUUUGAUCAAGCAUAUACGCUUGCAUUGUACGGAGAGCAACAGACAUAUCAUGUCCACAGCUAUCUGGUGGACACGAAUAGCCCACGCCACACUCUGCGAGAAACAGUUAAAAAGCUGCGUACAGUUCCCGGCAGCAAGCGACUGGGUAUGCUGUCCCAAUGCCCGGAGAUGUGGCCAGUUUUCCAGAAGUUCGAUGGUCAAUGCAUCGAUCAGCGGCUGAACUGGGAAUUGUUUGGGAGUUACGAGUCGCCAGAUGGUGAGAGCCCUAUUGUAAAGAAUUCAGUCUCGUAUGAAGAGCACCUCAAAGUACGGAGGUCCCUGUUUCAAAGAAAGGGUAUUCCAAUCGACAGCUUGACAAGAGGGUUUUCUCUUACGCCGCAUCACCCAGACAGACUUCCAGCUGGGUACCAACUUCCCACUCUGAGCGUAGUCGACGGGUAUCUUCUGGUCGAUGAGGAGGUGCAGCUCCGGAGUACAUAUGACCCUCGCGAGAGAUGCUUCCGAUGGUCUCGGGAGCUCCAGCAACAAGGCUUAUUUGAGCAUGGUGCAGUGCAAAUCAAUUCCAAGGCAGUAUCUGGUACGGGCGUGAUCUAUCUUUCCUCCGAGGAAGAAUCGCAGACAAUGCCUUCCCGAGAACAGGUUCACCCAUUCAAAGCCCAUGCCCGAAGCCUGGAAGAACUGCCUGCUACCAAAGAAGUUGGUGGUGAUGGAUGGAGUAACGUCGAUAACUGGGAGUUGACUCUAGACCGAAGUGUUUGGCCUCCACCUGCAGAGGGAGAAGACGAUAACCCCCCAGAUGAGCCACAAGACCCAGUAGAAGGAGGAAUCGUUGAAAAUGGCUACUGGACAGGGGCGGGGGGAUCAAGACCCACUCAGUGCGGGGCUUUUUACAAGGUGUUCUCGACGCUGAAAGACGGCAUAAAUACCUUUACUGUGGUGUUUAGCCGGGCUCCAUUUGUUCCAUUUGUGUCGGACUCUAAUACCGGGCUUGAUAUCAAGAAGAAAUUCCAGGUUGGAUUUAACCCCGACCUGGGCGCGGAUGUGACUCUACCGGCGCUCUACCAGCAGAUGACAUUUACAAUCAAUGGCUUGCACACGAAACUUAGGGGGUAUUUUUUCGAAUACGACCCAACCAAACGAGGAUACAAGGGUGAUCGGCACUUUGUAAAGGGGGACAAAAUAAAGUCAUCAGCAGUCGAUGCCUGUCGAUCAAAGAUCUCGCAUGCCUACUCUUCUGUAUCCAAUUUUGGUGUGGCUACCUCGUUUAAUGAGAGGCCUCAGCCAGCUCCAGUCACAAAGGGCUUGCUCAGCAACACGGAGCCUGAUCUCGAGGAUCUGUAUGACUUUGUGGGAUACACCGAGGUCGAGCUACACAACGAGACCCAAGGCCUGAUUCGCAAAAUGAUGAUGUACCACAUGGACACAGACCAAAGAAAAAACAUCCUUCGCGAGCCUCAGCCCACUCCAGGAACAGACAUCCCCCACUCUUUGGCCGAAGACCUACCGCAGGAGCUGAAGGACUUUUUCAAGGAUAAAUAUGCGCCUGCCUUUAUCUGUCGCUAUGUGGGCCGAACACAGAAAUACUCGAGCUCAUUCACGAAGCAAGAGAUGAGGAACCUCUGGUACUGGUGGGAAGGCAGUGGUCCCAACAGUCUCUCCCAGAGUGAACAUUACAAUGAUAUUAACCGCCUGGGCUCAAGAGUGGCAAUGCAGCAAUUAUACCAGAAGCAGCUGGAACCAUAUAUGAAUGACCACCCAGAACAAUGGGCGCAGGACCUACACGAUGCGAUAGUCGGCAAUCCCGAUAUCAUAAAUGACUGGGUGCUAAAGCCAGUCGAGGGUGGCAUCAAUAAAGUCAACAAGCAAUGUAACAUCUUGGAUGCGCUGAGUCCGUCGGUUAAGUGGGCCCAGGAAGUGUUUGAGGUGUUCAUGGCUGCUGUAGUAGACCAAGGGGCAGGAUCCGCAAAUAUCGACGAUGAUGAUCAGGACCAAAAAUAUCAAUGGAUCCAUGAUUCCAUGCACGACUUUAUUGUGGCCGUGUUGAAUGGUGCUGACUGGGUGACUGGCAAGAUAGAGGAGUCCUUGAAAGAAGACAUCCUCGAGUUUGAGAAGGAACACGGAUUGAACCAGCAGGCAGAUGCAGAGCAACGGGCAGAGGCUAUCCUGGAGAAAAGCUCUAUCUUCAUGAGGGAGAUGGCAAGCUGGAUAUCCACUAUCGGUAAAGGCUUGCAGGCUGCUUUUGGAGGCGCUGCGCUAUUCAAAUGGGCCGGCGAGGCCAUUGACAAGAUCAUCGAUGAUAUUGGAGACAAAGGAAUGUCAAGACUGAAAGGGAUUGGGAGCAUCUGCAUGGUCGGGGUUAGUAUCGUAAGUGCCACGCUGAGCCUUUACAGCCUGGUGAAGAACUGGGACAGCACGUCCGAUGCUGCCAAAGCAACGGUUAUCAUCGAGGUCAUUGGAAUGGUGGUGGAUGCAGCCGAAAGGGGCUUUGAUGCCUUCAAGGCCUUCAAGUCCGGGCCUGCCACCACAGUGGAGGACCAGGUCAAUAUGGAAGUCCUGAACGACAAACUGUCAGAGGUGAUAUCAGAGAAUGGCGAGAAGUUUGGGGAGAUUGCCCAGGAAAUCACUGGCGAGGAAGACUACCGGACGGUGAUUGGCGAUAAUUUGCAGGGCGAAGGAAUCCCGACCGAGUUUUCGGGCGAGGAAACCUGGAACGAAGAGCUUUCGAGUGUCGCCGAGGAUGUUCCACCGGGAUAUGAAGACGUGGCCAAGAAGUUUAACAUCUCUGGCAGCCUGCUGCGCAUCCUGAACGCUAUUCUAGGAAUAGGUCUGGUGGUGGCCAUGUCAUUUUCACUGGCCAACGAUUGGAACUCGCUCUCAGACACUGGCAAGGUUCUCGGGGUGUUGAAUGUAAUUGUUCAGGGAUUGACGGUUCUGCUGGAUGUCAUCGACGUCGGUGCCGAACUGGGACUGUAUGUCGUGACCGGGGCGAUGAGCGUGGCCUUGCCUAUCCUAGGUGCGGUUCUAGCUGUCAUUGGGGUCAUUCUUAUGCUGGUGCAAUUCUUUAUCAACCUCUUCACUGGCAAACAAGACCCUCCCGAUCCAAUCAAGGACUUCAUCAACGACGUGGCUCACAAGCUCAUUGCAGCCUUCGAUAAAGCCCCCGAGCCCCAGCUCACCUACACUCUUGAUAACGACAAACCCAGCGCCGGUGGUGUUACCACCCUAACCAUUGAGGCCGUCAAUAACUCCUCCAAUGACGUGACACUAUCUCACACCACCAUCUCGCUAUACUCUGGCGACGACGACGUCUGUCUAUUCCGGAACGGCGCAGACGAAACUGAUUUGAUUCAGCUCGUGGAGGAAACCGAUGCUAACGCAAAAGACGACGGCCAUACAUAUCUCACUCCAAGCACCGUCACCGUGGGCCAGUUGCCGCCUCCAUCCAAGCUGGGAAAUACCUCGACCUACUACCAGUACGAUCUCCAGGCUGCGGGCCCACCAGCAGAGAAGUCCAAGAGUCUCCAGCCUCUCAUUUUGAAGAAGGGAGAGAGGCUAAAAUCCAUUUGGACGGGUAAAGUUAACGGAAAAGGCGAAGAUGAGGAACGCUCCACCAGCUGGAUUGAGCUGGUUGAGGUCGGCCUGAAGGAUAAGUGUCAGAUGCAGUUUAUGUUAACUCGGGUUUGA